AUGGAAGGCGCCCUGAGUGUCCGCCAGGUAGACAAGGGGUCUAGGAGAGGGGAGUCCUCUUCCAGCACCAUGGCAUCUGCCAAGGCAAUGAGGAUAGGGAAGGCCAUGCCCUUCUGCAGGUGGAAUAUGCUGGAAGGCCCAGAUUUGGCUCUGUCCUCUAAUAAGGAGGGUGUGGUGGCUGUGCAGAGCUUGCAGGUUGCUGCUCCUGUGACCCAAGACGUAAAAAAUGAAGGGGAUUCAAGCCUUGCCACCGACUUACAGGAGGAAGUAGAGGAAAAUCCUAGUACAAUUGUGGAUGAGAAUAAUACAGUGUCAGCUAAAAAACAGGGAUCAAAUUUACAUAACUGGAGUGGUGACUGGAGCUUUUGGAUUUCAAGUUCCACCUAUAAAGACAGGAAUGAGGAAUACAAAAGACAGUUUACACAUCUGCCUGAUACAGAGAAGCUGAUAGCAGAUUAUGCUUGUGCUCUUCAGAGGGACAUUUUGCUUCAGGGACGACUAUACCUUUCAGAAAACUGGCUGUGUUUCUAUAGCAACAUCUUCAGAUGGGAAACUACAAUUUCUAUUGCUUUAAAGAAUAUAACCUUCAUGACCAAGGAGAAAACCGCUCGACUCAUUCCAAAUGCUAUCCAGAUCAUUACAGAGGGAGAAAAGUUUUUCUUUACAUCUUUUGGUGCCAGGGAUAGAAGUUACCUCAGUAUCUUUAGGUUGUGGCAGAACGUAUUAUUAGAUAAGAGCCUGUCUAGACAGGAAUUCUGGCAGCUGCUCCAGCAGAACUAUGGCACUGAGCUGGGCUUAAAUGCUGAAGAGAUGGAAAACUUGUCACUGUCGAUCGAGGAUAAUGUGCAGCCAAGAAGCCCAGAAAGGAGCAGCUUGGAUGACUCUGGGAAGAGAGAAGAAACAUUAUCCAAGUCAAUCAGUUUUACCCGUGAAUCAAUUAGUCGAGUUUCUGAAACAGAGUCAUUCGAUGGAAAUUCAUCAAAAGGAGGGCUAGGGAAGGAGGAGCCCCAAAGUGAGAAACAAAUCAAAGAGAGUGCUUUACCAACUUCAGAAAAGAGGUUAAGUAGAGUGCCAUCCAAAUCACUGGACUUGAAUAAAAAUGAAUAUCUUUCUCUGGACAAAAGCAGCACUUCAGAUUCUGUUGAUGAAGAAAAUAUACCUGAGAAAGAUCUUCAUGGAAGACUUUAUAUCAACCGUGUUUUUCAUAUCAGUGCUGAGAGAAUGUUUGAGUUGCUCUUCACCAGUUCAUGCUUUAUACAGAGAUUUACCAGUUCUAGAAAUAUAAUAGAUGUGGUGUCUACCCCUUGGACUGUAGAACCUGGAGGUGAUCAACUGAGAACCAUGACCUACACUAUAGUCCUUAAUAAUCCACUUAUUGGAAAAUGCACUGCUGCCACUGAGAAGCAGACACUGCAUAGAGAGAGUCGGGAAGCACAAUUUUAUUUGGUAGAUUCAGAAGUACUGACACAUGAUGUCCCCUACCAUGAUUACUUCUACACCCUGAACAGAUACUGUAUCAUCCGAUCUUCAAAACAGAAAUGCAGGCUAAGAGUUUCCACAGAUUUGAAAUACAGAAAACAGCCAUGGGGUUUUAUCAAAUCUUUUAUUGAGAAGAAUUCCUGGAGUUCAUUGGAUGACUAUUUCAAACAGCUUGAAUCAGAUUUGUUAAUGGAAGAAUCUAUGUUAAAUCAGUCCAUUGAGGACCCUGGAAAACUUAGUGGCCUCCGAAGAAGAAGGCGAACAUUCAACCGCACAGCAGAAACAGUUCCUAAACUUUUUUCCCAGCGUUCUCGUGGAGAUGUGGGCUUAGAGACCAAAGGCGAUAUUAAAGGAAAGAAAAAGGAAGUGAAAAGCUAUAACACAACUCUUAUUAUGGUGAUGAGUAUUUUUUUGCUGUUGCUAGUUUUAUUGAAUGUGACACUGUUUUUGAAGCUGUCAAAGAUAGAAUAUGCUGCUCAGUCCUUUUACCGUCUCCACCUCCAAGAAGAGAAAUCUUUAAAUUUACCCUCUGAUAUGGUGUCAAGAGCAGAAAAUACUCAAAAGAACAAAGAUCAGGCCUGUCAUUUAAAAUUAGUGCUCCGAAACUCCGUAGUGAUGCUUGAACAGCUGAAGACCUCACUCAUUAUGCUUCAGAAAACCUUUGAUCUACUAAAUAAGAAUAAGACUGGCAUGGCUGUUGAAAGCUAAUUACCUUAAAGACUGAAACUGCAGAGAUACUUGGAAGUAAAACAUCUGGAAGAAAACCAGAGGAUGAAGGAUUUAAUUGUCAUAGGAACAUUUCCAUGUUUUCUAAUUAUUAGGAUCUCUUAAUAUGAACAUUCUUUUUGAGAACAUUUAUUUGCUAAUUAGUCUCUGAUAGCCUUAAGAAACCAUCCUUUCAGUUCUUAUGCAUAUUUCUAAGCUGUGAAUUUCUCCAGUGAACCAUGAAAUACAUUGUGGAAUUGAAUUUCUGUGAUACAAAAAGAAAAUGAGACAUUCUGAAUUGAGUAGUGUGGCCUCAUUUCUACAGUGUGGUGUUGGAAGUUUGAUGCUUUAAGUUUAUCUGUUAGCACAGAAUUAGUAUGUGUCCAACAGAGUGCUUUCAAGA